AUGGAAGAGGUAUUAAAUAACAUCAAAGACAACACAUAUACAGAAAAUGCUCCUAUUGCAGGGGCCGAUGUCGUAGAAUGGAAACCAAGAAUAUGUAUGAAGUUUGAAACUGAGGAAGAGGCAUAUGAUUUCUAUAAUUCAUAUGCCGGUCGAGUCGGUUUUAGCAUCCGCAAAGAGUAUUUUAAUAAGAGCAAGAAGACUGUUGAUUGUUGCAAUUUUGGAGAUGUUGUAAGUUUUGACAUAACAUACAAAGUUGUACAUGGCAACCAUCCAUUUGGAAGUUUCUUGGGGUUGAAUCAUCACCGGGAGAUCAUUGUGUUUGGAGUAGCGUUCAUGCAUGACGAGACUGCAGAGUCAUUUGUUUGGUUAUAUCAAACGUUUUUGAAAGCAAUGUCCGGUAUAGUGCCACAGAUGAUAUUCACUGAUCAAGAUGCUGCAAUGGGAAAGGCAUUGACGCAGGAGAUGCCAGGGACAAAACAUUAUCUGUGUGUUUGGCACCUAAUGCAAAAUGCACAGAAGCAUCUAGGGUUCUUGUUUAGACGUGCGCAAAGCUUUAAGAAGGUGUUCUCAAAAUUAAUGUUUCAAAUUGAGGAAGAGGAAGAAUUUACUAGGGAAUGGAAUUUAAUGAUAACGGAAUAUGGUGUUAUUGGUAACAUGUGGCUUACAAAUCUGUUAGGUUUGAAACAUAGAUGGGCCAUGGCAUUUAUUAAACGUGCCUGGUCCACAGGUAUCCACAGCACACAAUUGAGUGAAAGCUUCAAUGGUUGCUUGAAGGCAUACUUAUCUAGGCAACUAAUUCUUCCGAAUUUCUUCACACACUUUAAAAGGCUGUUGUCCGACAAGCGUUACAAGGAGUAUGUAGCUGAGUAUAGGUUGCUCCAUAAUCUACCUCAACUAAAAAUAAACUGUAACAUAUUAGUAGAGGUGGCAAACCUGUACACAAAAGUUAUAUUUAAUAUUUUCCAGGAGGAGUUCUUAGCAGCUGGUGCCAGUCAGAGGAUCAUUGGUUGUAGUCCCAUCGAUGGCAACGAAGGCUGUGUUUACAAAGUCGUUGGUGAGGAUGGAAUGCAACACGACGUAACGAGUGAUCGUGUCUAA